ACUUGGGAGGUCUGCCUAUGGGAAUGCCUUCUGCGAGGUCUUUUUUAAGGGAAACUGGCCCCUAUUUAGGUGUUACAGACGUGGAGAAAAUCCGGAAAACUCCACGUGGCCAGCCCGUCCGAGCAAGGUGCAAACCCACGACCAAACUCCCAGUGUUCAGAGUACGAAAACUGCUUGGCCAUUGGUGGGCCUGUUAACAUAUGGAAUCAAUGUUAUUAGCAAGUGGCACCAGAGAAGAACAGAGUGUACUAUACUUUCUAUUUAAUUUGUCAUCAACAUCAAUUAAAAUUUUUGUAGGGCUGGUUUACAUCUUCAAUUUAAUUGUCGGAACUGGUGCGUUAACCAUGCCAGCAGCAUUUAGUCAUGCGGGAUGGAUGUUAAGUUUAGUGAUUUUAAUUGCAAUUGCUUUUAUGAGUUUUCUUACAGUUACUUUUGUAGUAGAGGCAAUGGCAGUGGCCAAUGCUAUGGUGCACUGGCGUACAGUUCAGCACAUAAAAAAGGUGAUUAAUGAGGAAGAAGAACAAAUGCAUGCAAUCAAUACCAGCAGGCAAGACUUAGUGAAAGGAUUGAUGAGAGAUGAAGUCAUAUCAAAUUCUAUAGAACAUGAUGAAAAAGUGCCUCUUCUAUUAAGUAAUUCAAUGGAUUCCAUCACAGAUACUGCUGCUGUAGAAUAUUAUAGUAUAACAGAAAGAAUUGAAUUAGGAAAGAUGGCUUCCUUAUUUUUCAAUAAAUUUGGAGUGAAUAUAUUUUAUUUAUGUAUAGCUGUGUAUUUAUAUGGAGAUUUGGCUAUUUAUGCUGCGGCAGUAUCUGUCUCUCUCAGAGAUGUUACAUGUAAUUAUGUGCCACCCGGUAAUGCCUGUAACAUAUCAUAUACUGAUUGGGAUCUUUGCUGGACAUCUGUCGACUAUAUAUCUCGCAAAGAUGCCUAUCGAAUAUAUCUUGCUGUAUUUUUAUGUCUGUUGGGGCCGUUUGCAUUUUUUAAUGUCCAGAAAACAAAGUAUCUUCAAGUAAUAACUUCUGUUAUGAGAUGGCUUGCUUUUGGAAGUAUGAUUAUAUUAGCAGCUAUUGCUUUGGUAGAAGGUAAAUCACGUGGCCAUCCAGAAGUAGCAAAUCUAAAUGGAAUUCCAAAUUUGUUUGGUGUGUGUGUUUACUCUUUCAUGUGCCAUCAUUCUCUACCAUCUCUUAUUACUCCAAUUAGAAGUAAGAAGAAUUUGACGUUAUUUGUGUUGGCUGAUUUCUUUCUUAUUCUCGGGUUUUACUCAUUGCUGUGCUUCACGGGAAUAUUUACUUUUAGUCAUCUCAAAGAUAUGUACACGCUGAACUUUCAGCCUGAGAAGUGCGGAUCUGGAAACGACAGAAUAAUCAUUGCCGUUCCGUUUCUUCAGUACUUUUUGGCUCUCUUCCCCGUUUUUACACUAAGUACAAAUUUUCCCAUCAUUGCCAUUACCCUAAGAAACAAUUUAAAAGCAUUAUUUCUAAAGGAUACCAGACAGUAUUCUUUUUUCCUGAAAGGAAUUUUCUUUCCAUUGGUCACUAUACUACCUCCGGUGGCCAUAGCUCUGGCUACGGAAGAUCUAGAAAUAUUAGUGGGAAUUACCGGUUCUUACGCGGGUGCCAUCAUUCAGUAUAUAGUUCCGGCCACUCUGGUGUACUACGCCCGAAAGGACGCCCUGACGGCUCUAGGAUUAGGAGUGAAAAACAAGCACAUGUCUCCCUUUCAUCAUACUGCCUGGAUUAUUUUUGUUUUGGUAUGGUCAGCGGCUUGUAUUAUAUUUGUAACUGUAAAUCAUAUAAUUACUAAGAAAUGAAUUGGAUAUCUGUUGGCUGUGAAGCGAGGAAAACAUAUUAAGAAAGUACUUAUUGCAGACUAAAGUCUGAAAUUGAAUGGUUUUCAUAAAUAGAUAUAUAUUUUAUGAAUUUAUACAAUUAUUUUUUUAAGUGUUUUUAAAAUUUAUUUGAUAUGCAGCAAUAGUAGCAAGCAUGUUUUGAUACUGGCAUAAUUAGUAUAUGAUUUAAAUGCAUGGUUGACAGUUGAAAUUUGCAAAAUGCUUCCUUCUUCAUGCUUUGUAAGUAAAUCCUUGCACAAAUGCAUAAACAAAAAUAGAUUUGUGCCAAUGUUUAAAGUUAAUUUUUACAAAUUUUGAUAUUCAUAUCAAACAUGAAUGAUUUUUUUUCCAUUAUUUCCAUAACAAGGAUCAUAUUUUUGAUCAGUUUCUUAUAUAUUAAUCUGUUCUUGUUCUUCUACACUUGUUCUUUCAAGUCGUACACUUGUUUCAUUAAAGUUACAGCCAAAUAUUUCAGGAUAAAUGCAUAAUAAAAUUGCAUUGUUUUUGCAAUUAAAAUCAAUGGUAUAAUUCUUUUCUAGAAUCAUCUUAUCAACUUUAGUUAACAUUAUGAAAAUUGUAUAGAUUCUUACUUCCUAUAUCCAUUUGUUUCCAAGUGCUCGUAUUUCUUCCAGAAAGUGGUUCGCUUAAAACUCGCACACGACAUAAUAAUUGAACGUUGUUAACAGGUAAGCAGAGUAUGGACUUUCUUCCUAUCGAAUCAAAUCGAGAAACUCUCUUCACAACCGACAGAUGUUUGGUUUAUUUCAGAGGUAUUUAUAAAUAUUUUAUUUUUUUAAUUGUUAUAAAUAUUUUUGGUAUCAAUAUUUCUUUAGAUUGGAAGUUUUGGCAUAAGGGUUAUAUAUUAAUUUUUUAAUACAAUAUUAUUAUUUUAAUGUGUAGACUGCAUCAAACUUUUUGUUGUUUGUAACUUGCUUAAAAAUAUUCUGAUAAACAUAUAACUUUGCUAAAAAAUUUUUUUCAAAAUGGGGAGACUGUACAAUGAGAAAUGGGGCCAGACAUAUCCUGGGCUUUAAAAAUUUCCUGGGAUUUUUCGACUGAAUGUGUUUUAAACUUUUACUGCUACUAUAUUUUGAAAGCUAUUUUGCUGUUAUGUAAUGAUAAUAAACAUUUCGGUUCAAAAUAUAUAUGCUCUUAGUUGAAUUUUACUGAGCAUUUGUUAUUGUAGUAGAACCAUUGGUUUUGCUAAUAAAUAAAUAAAUUAAAGUCGGCACGGGGCAGUCCGAGGAAGCUGUUUGCCUCUCGCCAUCCGUCGGAAAAUCUCGUUUGAGUACACUCGGACUGUAAAUUUGUAAUAUUUUAUUUUUAUUUAAUAAUUUAAUAUAUCUUUUGCCAUGUUCUUCCAAUAUAAAAUAAAAGUUGUAUAUGAUGUAAAAAUAAGU